AACUAAUGCAAGUGACACACCAGAAAGCCAUAAGCUUCCUGAAAGUUUGUCUAAAUGGCUGUUUCCUCUCAGCGGCGAGACUCGGCACCUUCCCACAUUGCAAGUUUCGUUUGGAUCGAAUGACGAUUUCUUCGCUUCCGAUCAAGACGGGAAGUUGUCAAGUCGAGAUGCGAGUCCACCCGCCGAGAAGAAAGCGCCGCCACCUAGGCUUGCAGAUGUCGCAAGAGGGUUCAUGAGGAGGAAGGCGCAUACAAUUUCAAGUCCUAAGCUUCCGGAAGAUUUGCAAGCGAAGUUGGAGGAAAAGAUUAUCUCUCCGAAACUGGAACGAAGGAAGACUUUCUUGGACGGACAGCCAAGCCCGCGACCAGAACCGAACCAAACCGCCAUACCACUAAGUCUGUCGCUACACAGGAGGAGGAAAUCGAGAGGUGAAAGCCCUGGAAGAGAACAGACAGGAGGCCCUUUAAGCUUGUCUCUCCACUCGAGAAGAGAUUCAAGAAGCGAAAUGCCAAAGAUAGAAGAAAGAAGACCUGUAGUAGAAAGCGUUGACUACUAUCCUCCUCCGCUAGACACACAGGCGGAGCUGGCAAAAGCAGAACGGAGGAGAAGCCUAUUCUCAGCUGCGGAGCGACAACAGCCUCCACCAGAAGUGAAGCGGGAAGAAUCGAUAGUUGAGGAAACCAGGAGUAUCGUUCAGCCAAAUCAGCCUCAGCUCACAAGACUCGACGCCAAGCCAGAAUUCAUGAAGUCAGAGCAACGCCGAAGUUUGCUUGUCGGAGGACCUUCUGUACGACCAUCAUGGCCCGAGAGAAAGACGCUUUUUAUGAACAGAGAACGGAUUUUAGCAGGCCGUGAUAGCAUUACAGCUAUACCAAAGCCAGCAUACGUCGACGCAUGUGUCCAGACGGAGAUGACAGAUGCGGAGAUCUGCGCUCAUUUAAGCAGUAUCCCUGUCCCGAUUGCAAUGCCAACCAUCCCACUUCCUCCCCGGUCUUCAGUCGCGAUUGGCUCAAUGGCAGAUUUCUUUCGUGGGCAAUACAGUCUUGGAGAUGCGUUGCGGUACGUGUGAGUAAUCGUUCACAGUAUUGAUAUCAUCUCCGAUAUAUGGACGAGAAUAACUUUCGAGCAACAAGGCUGGGCUUCGUGGAGUUGGACGACAGCUCAUGUCAAAAGCUGCAACAAGCCCGAUAACUCCAACAAGAGGCCUGUCCCCAUGAGGUAAAAGGCUCCAAAUCUCACCCAGACUCGGUCGGAAUGG